AUGAUCAUCAGCAUCGCCGUAGUCAGCAACGGUAGCAGUAGCAGCGGUGGUGGUGGUGGCGGCGGGAACAUCAUCAUCCUGUUGCUCGUGAUGAAGCUCACGAUCGUUCCCUGUGCCGCAGUGCUCCUAGCCCAGAAUGUGGGCGCACAGAACUACUAUCACUCCGAGGGGAGUCCUCCCGUCUUCCCCGGGGGACCCGGAGGCAAUCCAGGAUAUGGUUACGUCGUAUCUCCGACACCCAAACCGUCCCGACCUUCGUUCUUCAGAAACCCUCUGGCCGCUGCCAGUAAUCUGCACAAGACCGUGAUCGCUGGAAUCCGCGCUCCGGCCUUCCUCAGCAAUCUGCUGCCGUCCGCCAGCGCUCCUCGGCCGAGCUUCUUCUCUUUCGCGAAGCCCCCGCGCGGCGGCCCGAGCCCGGGGGGUCCGGGCCCUUCUUUCGGACCGUCUUUCGCCUCUGAGAGCUCCGCCAGCAGCCACUAUCCGUCGUUCUUCGGACGUCCGGGGUCCGCGUCCGCUUCGGGACCCAUUUCCUACUACAGCUCAUCUGAUUCCUCAUCAUCCCCAUUCGCUGGCCUGCCGCCCAACGUGAUUUCCGCGCUCCAGAGCGGCCAGUUCGAUGGAUCUUCGAUGUCCUCCGGAUCGGACCAGCAAGAAGCAGCCACCAGCGUCCACGAGAUCUCCGGGUCCCCGUACGAUCGGGCCCCGCCCCGUAUUCGUCACGGCUACGGAUCCAGUGACGACUCGGAGAUUUCCUCUGCGAGCGGAAUCGCGCCCUCUCUUUCCGGACCCUCGUCCUCGGGCUUCGACCCUUCGAUGUACGCGUCGCAAGGAUCGCAGGCCUCCGUAGCUCAGGCUCUCAUGGCUCAACAGAGCGGGUCGUCCGGAGCGUCCGGGGCCCCGUCCCAGAUCGCCGGCUAUGACAUCGGCGUGCCAGUCACUCUCGGCUUCCAGACUCACUCCAGCCAAGGUCAGGGCUCCGGCAGCGUCGGACCCGCAUAUCAGAUCGAUACGUCAUCCCUGCAGUAUCCCUCGAGCUAUCAGCAACAGGUCUCUGGACACCCAAGCCAGCAACAGAGCUACUCGGGACUCGCCACCGGCUAUGGCUCAUCCGCUGACGUCAGCAAGCAACAGUCGAGCGGUUACGGACAGGGUCAGACCUACGUGGUCGGAUCAUCUCUCUCGUAUGACGGCAAGAGCCCUUCCGCGACCUACUCCCCGUCGGGUAGUCAAGGGGCCUACUCAUCCGGCUACAGCUCCGGGCAAGGCAACGAGGCUCUCGUUCGGGCCCUCAAGGAUUACGCCAACGGUAACGUGAAGUACGUUCCCGGCAAGCCCGCAGUACCGAUCAACCAUCAACUCCCUCAGUCUAACCACGCAACCUCCACGAGCUACUCAACGUCUUCGUCGACUUCGUCGAGCUCUUACGCUUCCCCCGUCUCCUCGAAAAGCUCGAAGUACGGCUCGUCGAGCGGAAGCAGCUCUUACUCAACACCUGUGAAACCAGUCGCAGCUUACUCCAGCCCCGUGAAAUCGAGCUCGAUCAGAUACUCCUCGAACAGCGGCGGCCUCUCAUACGCCGAGAGCGCUCCUCAAGCAGCAAAAUACGGUCAGAAAGCCGCAUCGUUCGAGUCUACGAGAACAGUUGGUUCUUCCCUCAAGUUCGGGGACAGCCCGAGCUCUGCUGCUGGAGCUUCCUCUUCCUCGUCGGCGUCCUCAUCGUCGUCAUCGGCGGCAGCUUCCGCUUCGAAGAAGUCUAGUUAA